AUGCGUUUUACCGAUUUCGCCCUGGUGGCAUUGACUGCUGCAGGUGCCAACGCCGCUCCUCAUCCUCAAAAGAUUGACUUCAAGUCCCUCAACCCUGUUGUGCAAUCCGUUCAAAGUGUACCAGUCGGUAUUACUUCCGAGGUCGUCACAUAUAAUCCUACUGCUGCUACCUCCUCCGCCGCCGCCGCUGUUACCACAAGUUCAGCUGUCAAGGCAACAGCAACCACAUUAGCCACAAAACGGGAAGCUGGUCAACUCGAGACCAGAGACGGUGAUUGCUCAACCCAACCAGCAACUGUCUAUACUGGAACCAAUCCAGCAGAUGAUCCAGAUUCUUUUUUAGCUUAUCAGCCAUUUGCUGAUGCAGCCAAUAGCGCCGCAACUCCAUCUGGCUUUACUAGAUCUUUCGUUAACCUUAAAGCAUCCAACAAUGCUUUGAAGUACAUGGGAUUCACACAAUUGCCUACAUACGAUACAAAUGUCUGCGCUAGCAAGUGUUCCGACAUCGCUGGAUGCAAUGCCUUCAACAUUUACUUUGAACGCGACCCAUCUGUCGAUCCAGGUGCUUCUUGCACAAACCCAUCUUCUAUGACCAACGUCAAAUGUGUCUUCUGGGGUGGUGCAAUCGAUGCCAAAACUGCAGUCAACGAUGGUCAAUGGCGCAGCACAUUCCGUGUUGUCAUUGCAGGAUCAAACGGUUACAACGUCAAUUCAUUCCCAACACCAGCUGGAUAUAAUCCUCCUACAUCCCUUGCAGGCGCUUCUAUCAAUGCUCCAUUGGAUUGCAACAAGGCUGAUACUUACCUCGGAUCUCGUUUCUUCACUGAUACACCAUUCGAUGUCAGCCUUUGCACAGCAGCUUGUGAUGCCACCACUGCAUUCAAUGUUGCUCAUCCACCUGCAACUGGCAGUGUACAAACUUGUCAAUUCAUCAAUACCUACAUCCUUUACUUGAACGGUGUUGCUCAAGGCCAAGCUUGUGCUAUGUAUACCGACUCAUGGGAUACCAGUUAUGCUGUUAACACUGGUUAUACUAGUGGAACCGACGUUUACACUAUCGAUUCCUCUUACACCUUGUCCAACUCUAUCAAUCCAAACUACGCAGCAAACUGCAAGGUUGCAGCUAGCUCAAGCUCAAGCGUUGCUAGCAACUCAACUAUCGCUCGUCGGGCUGCACACUAA